AUGUCUAGCUACAAGUUGUACUACUUUGACCUACGUGGUCGUGCUGAAGUGGCCAGACUUAUUUUUGCUGCUGCUGGCGAAAAAUACGAAGACAUACGUUAUUCGAGGGAAGAAUGGCCUCAACACAAGGCCGAAGCUCCACUCGGUCAAAUACCAAUACUCGAAGUGGACGGAGUCAAGCUACCACAGUCUCUUUCAAUAGCUCGGUAUUUGGCCAAACAAUUUCAACUUGCCGGUCGGGACAAUCUUGAACAAGCAAAAGUCGACGCUGUGGUUGAUACUGUCACUGAUUUUGUUCAAAAGUACAUACCUGUUCAUUUGACCAAGGAUGAAACAAAGAAGCAAGAAGUGCUUCGUGAAGAAGCUCCCAAACAUUUCAAGAAUUUGGAAACAUUGCAAAAAAUUUAUGAGGGCAACAAUUUCUUUGUCGGUAAUCAUUUAACAUGGGCCGAUUUAUGGUUCUACGAUAUAACUGAAACAGUGCUGAAUACAGAUUCAACGAUACUGGACAAAUAUCCUAAUUUACAAAAGAUUCGACAACAAGUUGAGCAAGAUGCAAAAGUCGCCGCAUAUCUCAAAAGUCGACCUAAGUUACCUUUCUAA